GCGAACCGAACAAGGACUCAGGAGUCAGCACAAACAGCAACAAUGAACCUCGCUGGCAGAGGCUUGGCCGACAAGGCAGAUGGAAUCGUUCACGUCAACUUCAAUCAGGAUUACAGCUGCAUAUCAGUCGGUACACGACAUGGAUACAAGAUCUAUAACUGUGAUCCAUUCGGAAAAUGCUAUUCCAAAGCGGACGGCGGCAUCGGCAUCGUCGAAAUGCUGUUCUGCACCUCCCUUGUCGCCCUCGUCGGCCUAGGCGAUUCUCCAACCCACUCCCCCCGCCGCCUGACAAUCGUAAACACAAAACGCCAAACCACAAUCUGCGAACUAACCUUCCCAACCGCCGUCCUUGCCGUCAAGCUCAACCGACGACGACUCAUCGUGGUUCUGGAAGAACAGAUUUAUGUCUACGACAUCAGUAAUAUGAAGUUACUGCAUACGAUUGAGACGGCGCCGAAUCCGACGGCGAUAUGCGCGUUGAGUUCGAGUAGUGAGAAUUGUUUUAUUGCGUAUCCGGCGCCUACGCCCGCGGCGGGUGGGGGGUCACCCGGUAAGGCAACGACGAACACCGCUCCACAUUCCGGAGACGUGGUGAUAUUCGACUGUUUAACCCUCCAACCAACAACCCUCAUCCACGCACACAAAUCACCCCUAAGCGCCCUCGCUCUUUCCUCAGACGGAACCCUCCUAGCCACCGCGUCCGACAAAGGUACCGUCAUCCGCGUCUUCCGCGUCGACGGCGGCGUCAAGCUCUACCAAUUCCGACGAGGAACGUACCCGGCGAAGAUCUACAACGUAACCUUCAACGCCGCCGGCACACUCCUCUGCGUCUCUUCAGAUACGGACACAGUCCACAUCUUCCGCCUAGGCACUCCAGGCGAAGAAGGACAGGGACCCAACGGCGAGCCAUCAGGAGGAUUUGACGCCUUCCUAGACAACAAACGCCGCUCUGGCUCCCUCGGCUCCGUAUUCCGCAAAUCCGCCCAAAGCAUAGGCCGCCACGCCUCCAACUCCCUCGGGGGAUACCUACCCCCGGCACUCUCCGAAAUGUGGGACCCGCAAAGAGAUUUCGCGUACCUCAAGCUACCGACUGGAAAGUUGAAGAGUAUCGUGGGGAUGAGUGGGGUUAGUGAGCAGAUUCUGGUAGUGACGAGUGAGGGGUAUUUUUAUACGUAUAAGAUUGAUUUGGCGAGGGGUGGGGAGUGUGUGUUGUUGAAGAGUUGGAGUUUGUUGGAUGAAGGGGAGGAGAUGGAGAACAGUACUGCAACUGAUGCCUAAUUUUGAGGUGAGGCUGUAUGGGGGUACGGAUUGAGGAUGUUGAGAUUGUUGUCUGUCGUUCGGUGUC